UGCUGCUGGACCCGGGCGGACUCAUGAUGGCUCUUAUGGUUCACCUGAAGACAGCGGCUCACCUGAAGGGGAAGAGUGACCGCGUCGCCAAAGUCACGUUCAGAGGCCUGUCGUUCACCAGCCGUGUGGUGGAGAGCUGCGAGGAUGUGGCCCCGUUUAAUGAGGUUUUCCGGUGGCCCAUUGCCAGUCAGCUGGACGAAAACGAGAUGCUGGAGAUCCAAGUCUACAAUUACAGCAAAGUCUUUUCCAACCGACUUGUGGGGACCUUCAGCAUGGUUCUGCAGAAAGUGGCCCACGAGGGACAUCUGCAGCUCACAGACACACUGAUAGACGACAACAAUACUUCUAUAAAGACCAGUGUGACCGUGGAGAUCCGGUACCAGCCCAUGGAGGGCACCGUGGGCUCCUGGAGCGAGGGGGAGUUCCUGGAGGUCCCUGAAGACAGAGACGGGGUCUUCACCUUUGAGACAGACAGCCUCCUGUCCAGCCACGGCUCAGGCACCUCCCCCGGCCGCUCCCUGCACGGAUCUAUACCCACCUUCAGGAAAGCGGGCAAAGGAGUGUUCUCAGCCAUGAAACUCGGCAAGAUCAGGAGCCCCCGAGAAGACCACAGGAGAGGUGACGAGCCCGCGGUGUUGGACAUGACGGACGACUUGGACAGGAAGGCCGUGAGGAUCGCCGGGAGCCUGGAGCCGGACACCGUCUCUCUGGCAUCGGUCACCGCGGUAACCACCAACGUCUCCAACAAGAGGUCAAAGCCCGAUAUCAAGAUGGAACCAGGCUCAGGUCGACCGCUGGACUACCAGAUCAGCAUCACGAUCAUCGAAGCCCGGCAGCUGAUCGGCCUGAACAUGGACCCCGUGGUGUGCGUGGAGAUCGGCGACGAGAAGAAGUACACGUCCAUGAAGGAGUCCACCAACUGCCCCUACUACAACGAGUAUUUUGUGUUCGAUUUCCACGUCCCGCCCGAUGUGAUGUUCGACAAGAUCAUCAAACUCUCGGUGAUUCACUCCAAGAACCUCCUCCGCAGUGGGACCCUGGUGGGCUCCUUCAAGAUGGACGUGGGGACGGUUUACUCCCAGCCUGAGCACCAGUUCUACCACAAGUGGGCGAUGUUGUCAGACCCGGACGACAUCACGGCGGGGUGUAAAGGGUACCUGAAGUGUGACAUCGCCGUGGUGGGCAAAGGAGACAACAUCAAGACCCCGCACAAGGCCAACGAGACGGAGGAGGACGAGAUAGAGGGGAACCUGCUGCUCCCCGAGGGUUUUCCAGCUGAGAGACAGUGGGCCCGGUACUACGUGAAGAUCCAUCGGGCCGAGGGUCUGCCCAAGAUGAACACCAAGAUCAUGGCCAACGUCAAGAAGGCCCUCAGCGGGGAGAGCCGAGAUCUGGUGGACCCCUACGUGCAAGUGCAAUUCGCCGGGCUAAAAGGGAAAACCUCAGUGCAGAAGAGCAGCUACGAGCCCAUCUGGAACGAGCAGGUGGUGUUCACGGAGCUGUUCCCUCCUCUCUGCAAACGCAUCAAGGUCCAGAUCCGCGACUCGGACAAGGUCAACAACGUCGCCAUAGGAACGCACUUCAUCGACCUGCGCAAGAUCUCCAACGACGGCGACAAAGGUUUCCUCCCCACGCUGGGCCCGGCCUGGGUGAACAUGUACGGCUCCACGCGUCAGUACAGCCUGAUAGACGAGCACCAGGACCUGAACGAGGGUCUGGGGGAGGGCGUGUCCUUCAGAGCGCGCCUGCUGCUGUCUGUGGCCGUGGAGAUCCUGGACACCACCUCCCCAGAGCUCACCUGCUCCACCGAGGUCCAGAGCGAGCCCAUCUCCAACAUAUCCGAGAGCGCCACAGGAAAAGUGGAGGAGUUUUUCCUCUUCGGUUCGUUCCUCGAGGCCACAAUGAUCGACCGCAAAAUUGGAGACAAACCGAUAAGCUUCGAAAUCACAAUAGGUAACUAUGGAAACCAGAUAGACGGCGUCAGCACUCGCCCGUCGUCCAAGAAGAAGAAAAAGGACGGAGAGAGCGAGGAGGAGGAGAACGAGCUGAUCCAGAACUCCAGCGAGGAAGAGGGCGAGGAGGAGAGGGACCUGACCUCAGUGUCCACCACUCCGUCCAUGAGACCGGUCAUAACGGACAGAAACUACUUCCACCUGCCGUACUUUGAGAAGAAGCCCUGUGUGUACAUCAAGAGCUGGUGGCAGGACCAGAGACGCAGACUCUACAACUCCAACAUGAUGGACAAGAUCGCAGACAAACUGGAGGAGGGUUUGAACGACGUGCAGGAGAUCAUUAAGACGGAGAAGGCCUUUCCUGAGCGCAGACUGCGGGGGGUGCUGGAGGAGCUCAGCGUGGGCUGCAGCCGAUUUGUGACUCUGGCCAAUAAGGACGUUAACCAAGCGGGGAGGACCAAGCUGGACCGGGAGCGUCUGAAAACCUGCAUGAGGGAGAUGGACAGCAUGGGGCAGCAGGCCAAGCAGAUCCGCACACAAGUGAAGAAGAACAGCGUCAAAGACAAACUCAAACUGGUCCAGAACUUCCUCCAGAGACUGCGCUUCCUGGCAGACGAGCCUCAGCACAGUGUUCCAGAUGUGUUUGUGUGGAUGAUGAGUAACAACAAGAGGAUCGCGUACGCCCGGGUUCCCUCCAAAGACCUGCUCUACUCCAUCGUGGACGAGGAGACGGGCAAAGACUGCGGCAAAGUCAAGGCUGUGUUUCUCAAACUGCCCGGUAAGAAGGGCUUUGGUCCGGCCGGGUGGACAGUGCAGGCCAAGCUGGAGCUGUACCUGUGGCUGGGUCUGAACAAGCAGAAGAAGGACUUCCUGAGCGGGCUGCCCAACGGCUUCGAGGAGGUCAAGGCCUCAAAGAGCAGCCUGCAGUCUGUACCGCCUGUCACCCUCGUCUACAACAUGAAGCAGGUGUUCCAGCUCAGGGCCCACAUGUACCAGGCCCGCAGCCUCUUCGCAGCAGACAACAGCGGGCUGUCCGACCCCUUCGCCAGAGUCUUCUUCUCCACACACAGCCAAGUCACAGAGAUCCUGAACGAGACCCUGUGCCCCACCUGGGACCAGCUGUUGGUGUUUGACGAUGUGGAGCUGUUUGGAGAGGCCAGCGAGCUCAGGGACGACCCGCCCAUCAUCGUCAUCGAAUUCUACGACCAGGACACGGUGGGCAAGGCGGAGUUCAUAGGUCGCACCUUCGCCAAGCCGACCAUAAAGAUGUGUGACGAGCACUACGGGCCCCCGAGGUUCCCCCCGCAGCUCGAGUACUACCAGAUCUACAGGGGCCACUGCACGGCCGGGGAGCUGCUCGCCGCCUUCGAACUGCUGCAGAUCGGUCAGGGCGGACGAGCAGAACUUCCUCCGAUUGAAACCAGCACAGACUCUGAGCGUGGGCCCAUAGUCCCCGUGCCCCUGGGGAUCAGACCUGUGCUCAGCCGCUACCGCAUAGAGGUCUUGUUCUGGGGCCUGAGGGACUUGAAGAGGAUAAAUCUGGCUCAGGUAGAUCGCCCCCGUGUGGACAUAGAGUGUGCGGGACGAGGGGUGCAGUCGGCGCUCAUUCAGAACUAUAAGAAAAACCCAAACUUCAGCACUCUGGUCAAAUGGUUCGAGGUGGACCUGCCGGAGAACGAGCUGCUGCACCCUCCCCUGAACAUCCGUGUGGUGGACUGCAGGGCGUUCGGGCGGUACAUCCUGGUGGGCUCCCACGCCGUCACCAGCCUCAGACGCUUCAUCUACAGCGCCCCGGACAAGAGCUCCAACCACUGGGCCACUGCAGGUGACGUCAUCCUCAACAUGGACGACAGCAGCGUGCGCAAGAUGGACACCAUAGUCAGACUGGACGCUAUGUCUGACGCUGUAGUCAAAGUGGACAUGCAGAAUGAAGAGGAGAGCAAAGACAAAAAGAAGAAGAAGAAAAAGAAGGGUGUGGCUGAGGAGGAGGAGGAGCCAGACGAGAGUGUGCUGGACUGGUGGUCCAAGUACUUCGCCUCCAUAGAGACACUCAAGGAGAAACUGAAGGCUCAGGAGGCGGCCCAGGCCGAGGCGGAGGAGAGAGAAGAUCUGGAGAUUCUGGUGGAGACUGGAGAGCUCAAACCAGACGACCCUCUCCUCAAAGGGCCCAGGCUCAAGGACAAGAGCAGAGACAAGAGGCUCACCAAGGACAAGAAGAAAGGCAAGGAGGGAGCGGACGGAGCGGAGAAGAGACCGGUCAAACUCAGAGUGGACGAGCUCAUGGUGUAUAACAAAGAGCUGGAGUCAGAGUACGGGGACUUCGAGGACUGGCUGCACACGUUCAACCUGUACAGAGGGAAGGCCGGUGAUGACGACGAGCACUCGCAGGACGAAGACAGGAUCGUCGGCAGGUUCAAGGGUUCUUUGUGCAUGUACAAGCUCCCCCUGUCAGAAGAAAUCACCAGAGAGGCAGGAUACGACCCAAAUAUGGGCAUGUUCCAGAGCAUCCCCCACAACGACCCGAUCAAAGUGCUGGUUAGAGUCUACGUGGUCCGGGCGACAGACCUCCACCCCGCUGAUAUCAACGGGAAGGCCGAUCCAUACGUGGUGAUCAAACUGGGCAAGUCCGAAAUCAAAGACAAGGAGAACUACAUCUCCAAACAACUCAACCCUGUUUUUGGCAAGUCCUUCGACAUAGAGGCCACGUUCCCGAUGGAGUCCAUGCUGACCGUGUCUGUGUACGACUGGGACCUGGUGGGCACAGACGACCUCAUCGGGGAGACCAAGAUCGACCUGGAGAACCGCUUCUACAGCAAAUACAGAGCCACCUGCGGCAUCUCCUCACACUACUCACUUCAUGGUUACAACAUCUGGCGGGACCCGAUGAAGCCGAGUCAGAUCCUGGCGCGGCUGUGUAAAGAGGGGAAGAUGGAGCCUCCUCAGUACGGCCCGGGCGGCACGGUGCAGGUGGGGGGGCGAGUGUUCCAGGCGCCCACCGAGAUCGAGGACGAGAACGGUUUGAAGAAGCAGACGGAGGAGCACUUGGCCCUGACCGUGUUGAACCACUGGGAGGAGAUCCCCAGAGUCGGCUGUAAACUGGUGCCGGAGCACGUGGAGACCAGAGCUCUACUCAACCCAGACAAACCCGGCAUAGAACAGGGCCGGAUUGAAAUGUGGGUGGACAUGUUCCCCAUGGACUCGCCCGCCCCAGGACCUGCUCUGGACAUAUCGCCACGGAAACCAAAAAGAUAUGAGCUCAGGGUGAUUAUUUGGAAUACAGACGAAGUAAUUCUGGAGGACGAUGAUUUCUUCACUGGGGAAAAGUCCAGUGACAUAUUUGUGCGGGGAUGGCUGAAGGGUCAGCAGGAGGACAAGCAGGACACAGACGUGCACUACCACUCCCUGACAGGAGAGGGCAACUUUAACUGGCGCUUCGUGUUCCCCUUCGAUUACCUCAUGGCCGAAGAGAAGAUCGUCAUCUCCAAGAAGGAGUCCAUGUUCUCCUGGGACGAGACGGAGUACAAGAUCCCCCCCAGACUGACCCUGCAGGUGUGGGAUGCAGACCACUUCUCUGCUGAUGACUUCCUGGGUGCCAUUGAGCUGGACCUGAACCGUUUCCCUCGCGGGGCAAAGACGGCCAAACAGUGCACUCUAGACAUGAUCAGGAAGGAGCAGGAGCUGCCCACCAUCUCCAUCUUCAAACAGAAGAGGGUCAAAGGCUGGUGGCCCUUUGUGGCUCGCGAUGAGAACGACGACAUGGAGCUGACGGGUAAAGUAGAGGCGGAGCUGCACCUGGUGACAGCGGAGGAGGCAGAGAAGAGUCCUGUGGGCCUGGGCCGGAAUGAACCGGAUCCUCUGGAGAAACCAAAUCGCCCGGACACCAGUCUCAUGUGGUUCUUGGGCCCUCUCAAGUCCAUUGGUUACUUCAUCUGGCACAACUACCACUGGCUGAUCCUGAAGGUGCUGGGCGUGGUGCUGCUGCUGCUCAUGCUGGGCCUCUUCCUCUACUCUCUGCCCGGGUACCUGGUCAAGAAGAUGCUGGGGGCCUGA